AUGGACGCUACUCCCUCUCAGGCCGCCAAUCCUGUUUCUGCUGAAGGAACAAAAUCCUUUGUCGAUGCAACUGUGAUUGCCAAAAGUGAUCGGCUUUUCCUUCUGUACUUCAUCAUCGGUAACUAUUUUGGACCUGAUCUGAAAGGGGAAGGUUCCCAAAAAUCACUUUUCCAAAGAGCAGCUGAGGGCCUGCUAAUCUACAAAUUUGAUCAACUAGCUGGUUCCUGCAUGGGAACUGCAGAAAUGGAGCGGAUAUAUAACUAUGUCAUUCGGAAGGCAGAAAAAACUCUUGCUGUCAAAGUAUUGCCAUUGCAACAAUUCUUUCUUGGCAAUUUCCUUGCUUCGGGAACUGAUAAAUACCCACAAUUUACUGAUAUGUUUCCUGCUCAUCUGCAUCCUCAUUCAGUAAACGAAAAUGGGGAUAAAAUUGUAUCAAAUAUCAUAUUUAUCAACAACCCGGAUACGUUUCAUAUUGAUUUAAAGGACAUUGAAAGGUUCAAGAGACUAACUGGUCUUGAGAACCUUUUGCUAGAUCGAGAUGCCGUAACAUUCCACCCGCAUGCAGAUGGUUCUGCUUUAUUUGAUGUUAUUGUCCAUGAGGCUGGAUUUGGAGUAGAAUGGCCUCCUAUCAAUACUAUUUUCUCUCAUAACAGAGCAAAACCUGUAGAUAGCAUCCUGCAGUCUAGGGAUCAACAUGUUCAAGGUAGUGGUUUACCUCCUUCAGACAGUUCAACUUCUCGGCAUGCCAAAAGUAAAAGACCUACAGAGGAUGGUCCGGCGUUGUUUUUCCUUCCCUCAUGCCCCAAGAAAGAAGAAUGGAGUAAAGUGAUGGAUGCCACUAAAUACGGGCUUGUAUUGACUGGUAGUGCUGCAACGGGGCAGGUGGGACAAGUUGUUGGGCUAGUCGACAUCGGUGAAGGUGAAGAUGCCUACUUUUUCCGGGUGUCUCUUCCGGGAGUGAGAAAAACUGCAAACGAAUUCAACUGCAAAAUCAAAACCGACGGCAAAGUGCUGAUAGAGGGCGUCACGAUAACAGGCGAGAGAACUGUAUACAAGUUCUCCCAAAAGUUUGAAAUGCUAUCCAAAAACCUUUGCCCGCCAGGGCAGUUUUCUGUCUCAUUUCAACUGCCUGGUCCAGUUGAUCCUCAUCAGUUUUCAAGCAGUUUUGUCAAUGGGAUUCUAGAGGUUCUUAUCAUGAAAAGUAGGCGAACUGCUCAAUAA